UUUAAUGAACUACACCUUUAUGGUAUCAAGGGUACAAGAAUAGAUACAAAUGUCUACUAACCAAAUGAAUUAUGGCUCGAAUACUAGUUUCCACUACAAGGAAAAGACCACACAUCUGCACACCCAUGUCCUCAAUCCAUCAGUGACCUCUUUCACAAUAGAUGUUCCUCUUCCACAUUCACCCCUAUAUAAUCUUUGUUGUCCCUUUCCCAGAUUGUCACACAUGAUGUUCGUGCAUACCUUCUCCCAUUGAGGAAUAUGCUGGUGCGCUAUAAUACUGGAGCAUUUUACAUUUACCAGAUAAACACUUUUACAAGGAAGUAGAUAAGGUGUUGUAAAAUCUGUUUUUACUUGUAGUCACAACAAUUCAACUAUAACUUAUGUUUUGACCAAAAAAGGAAAAAGAAAGUAGUAUUAGGUUUUUAUAACGCUUGAACCAACCUCACCAGAAGAAUUUUCUAAGCAGAAUCAUCCUUGUUUGGCAUCAUGGAUGCCUUUUGGUACCUGAGUUUAUCAAUCUCUUUCCCAAGAAAAUCCAAAGGAGCGUACCUCAUUUGCCUGAACUCGCCGCCCUCGAGAGAGUGAAAACUGCUGUGAGGAAUGGUCAGUGGGAUUCACUUGAUUUGCCAACUGAUCCAUAUAUGGAGAUGACGACCACUGAUCAGUGUCAGCAGACGAAUUCUCCUCAUCUUUAACCCCAUCAGCUGUUGAUUCAGGAUACCUUAUCAAAUUCAUAAUCUCACUCAAGUCACCUCUAGAUUAGUUAUCAACCAUUAUUGCACACACCAUAGGUGGCCGGGCAUGCAUUAGUUGUUCUCUUAUCAUUGCUCUUUGCUUUUUACUCAAUUACAACUCUUUUUAUUUUAUAUUCACUAUAAUUAAUUAAUAACCAUUGGGAAUUCAAGCUUGCAAUAGCAUCUUGGCGAUUAUUGUUUAUUUUUCUACUGGCCCCUUCUUCAAUCAUGCAAGAAAGUUUUAUGUUUUUUUAUGUGGAUUUUUAGACCGUUUUAAGGGGCAACAUAUUUGGAGAUAACCAAAAAAAAAAAAAGAAAAAAAAAAGUGACCAAAUGAUGAGGAUCUUUAAUGGAGUGGAUUAACGAGCUCUGCGAUGGAAUUUGACAAGAUAGUUGGUGGUGAGGCAAUGAAUUGAUUAUUAUAUUCGGAGAUGAUCUUUAGGACAUGACCCACAAAGCAGAAAGCGAAUUAUUCAUGCUGAUUUUUUUAGUUUUAAUUCCACAUAGGACGUACAUGGUUUGCGCCGCUGCUCAUGUAGGAAAUUUUUUCCCGAACAAAAAGCAGAGCCACCUAGGCCUCUUAGCAAGUAUAAAAAGCGAGUCCCCCAUAGGGUGUUUUGAUGUGUACCUCUUCCUAUCGAGUUUGAUAGUUAACAACGACCAAGACCGGGUCUUUUCUUUUGAAGAAACGCCAUGGGGAAUGGUCCUCGCAAUUUGAAGAAUGCAGUUAUAGCUCUACUAGCUCCUCUUCCUUCCAUUAUCUUCUACAUCUCGUUCCUUAACCACUUUCACCCUGUUAGUACCUCAGGAAAUGUUGGAGAUCAGUCUGUUUCUCUCUCUACCCUCUGGACAUGGCGCUAUCAGCAUCCUCUUCUGUUAGCUAAUGUUCUCUUCUUCCUCAAUGUUAAUGUCCUCUUCUGGAUCAUCAGCCACAUCCAAUCCAGUCACUGGAUGAUCGACUAGUAUUGGACGUUGAUACCGGUGAUGCUUGUCAAUUACUAUGCCACUCACCCUUUGGCUCGGUAUAACGGGUGGAGAUCCAAGAUCGCUAUUUUGUUGACUUGGGUUUGGAGUCUAAGGCUUAGCCAUAAUUAUUUCCGGCGAGAAAAGUAGCAAUGGGGAGCCAGGGAGGACUGGCGGUUCACGGAUAUGAGGCUUCAGUAUGGCAAGCACUGGUGGUGGGUUUCCUUCUUUGCCGUCUAUGUCUCUCAACAGGUACUCCUGAUUGGUAUAUGCCUUCCAUUUUAUGUGAUCCACUCAGUGGAUGAGCCCUGGGAUUUUGUUGCCAUCAUUGUUUGCACAAGUGGAAUCGUGGAAGCGUCCUUUGCUGAUACACAACUGCAUGACUUCGUGAGUGGAAGCGAGAAACUGAAAGAGCUAGGGAAGCCAUUGGUGGCCAAUCUUGAUGAGGGCCUGUGGCAUUAUUCCCGGCAUCCCAAUUACUUUGAGGAGCAACGGUGGUGGGGCCCAGUUAUAUUUGCAUGGAAUUUGGGACACGCAUGGACCUUUAUUGGCUCUUUAAUCAAUACUAUGUGUUUAGCUUAUGUGACUAAGCUUGUAGAAGACCGGAUGCUGAAACAAGAUUACAGAGCAGAAGCAUAAAGGCUUUAUCAGAAGACAACAUUAGUUUGGAUUCCUUGGUUCAAGUCGUCCCCAGAUGGGGAAAGGAUAAGAAACCUUAGUUCCAAUAUUUCUCUGCAGCCUAUAUAGUUGGUAGGCGGUUUUAUUUGUAUUUCAAAUUUUCCUGUGUUUCCUUGUUCUCUAGCACUUGUAAUGAACUCUAUUUUUUUGGUUUUUGUUUUUGUUUUUGUUUUUUUUUUUUUUUUGGUGAAUCACUUGUGAUGAACUCUGUUUGUUUAUUUGAAAAGAAAGUAUCAAAUCAUUGUAUGAAAUUGUAUAGAAGUUUUCUGAUUUGUAAGUUGUUGCUUUUUUUUACCCCCUAAAAAUUAUGUUUCUUUUCUUCAUCUAAUUGUUUGAAAUAUGUUUUAAUUCAAAUAUUUAUUAGUGGUAAUUAAUUUGUCAGACAUCUCAAUUGAUUAUAAAGUUAUGAAAAAUAAAUAAAUCAAUAAAAUUGAACAUAAUUUCAAAUUAUGUUAUUUUAAAAAAAUUGUGUUAGGGUUGUUAUCAUAAAACCAAAAAAAAAAAAAGAAAAAAAAAAAGAAAAAGAAAAAUGUUAGGAUUGAAAUGCCUAAAAAACACCAUCCCCAAAGUUAGAACUUUCUAACUGAACAGUUAAAAAGAGAUUGAGAGGGAGAGAUGAAGACAAUGGAGAAAAGAAAGGGAAGAAAAGAGAAAAAGGAACGUUGAUAUUUCUUCAACUGCUUACUUCUUUUUAUUUCUUUUUUUUAGAUAAACUCCAUGAAGAAAUCUUCUCGUCCCCUUUCCAAACCAAAAUACCCUCAGAAACCUAGCUCUCUCUAGGUAUGGAGGAUCUGGUCUUUGCUCUAUGGGAAUCGAGGAAGUAACUCAGGUUUCUGCACAUCAUCGGAAAAAAAUCUUUAUACGUAACUUUACAUGGAUUAUGUGUCGUGUUGGCACAGAAAAUUAUCAAACCACAAAUCGAAGGCCACGUAGAUCACUAAGUAUCCCAGUCACUACCAAAACUAUAAAUAAAUUAUAAGAUACCAUAGAUUGAGUAGAUCUGAAAAAAGAGAAAUGAAAGGCUGACUAAGGGGUAACGUUUAGUCAUGCUCACGUAAAUGACAAACAGGGCAAAUAUCAUGCAGGAGUUCUAAUGGUCCACUCCAUGGAAAAUUAUAAAAGUAAUGCUCUUCUUGGGACGAUCAGGAAGACCGGAGAAAAAAAAAAACAAAGGCACGCUCCACGGGAAAAGACUAAAGAAGAGGACAUAUCAUACUAGGGGGGAAGACCCAAAAAAAAAGAAGCAUUGAACAAAGGGGAAAAGAAAAAAGCAUUGAACAAAGGGGAAGAGAAAAAUGUGGAACCGACCAGCCUGGACUAAAAGGGGAAGAAAGGAAAAAGAAGGUCAAUUUUUCAAUGUGAACAUUUUUUUUUAUAUAUAAAAUAUUUCAAUGUUUACAUGGUGUAAUAAGCUAUUCAUUGUCAGACAUUUUAUAAUUUUUUUUCUCAAAGGUACGUACCUUGAGUUUAUAUUUAGAAAAAAUGAUUCCCUCCAGACAGGACAUGACAGAAAGAGACUCCUUACACUUCUUUUAGGAGGAGUUCCGUGUUGUUUAGUUAGAUGGAAGGGAAACAGAAGAGAAGGGUAGGUGGAAUUGGUGCAGGUAGACUUAAAACCAAGACUUUUUAAGUCCGUGUAAGGAAGAAGAGAAGAAAAUGAAUAAAGGAGGAGUAAUCAUUGUACUUGAUGGUUGUGUGUUUUCACGUAGAUGACAAACAGGGCAAAUAUCAUGCAGGAGUUCUAAUGGUCCACUACAUGGAAAAUUAUAAUACUCUUCUAGAUGGACGACCAGGAAGACCGAAAAAAAAAAAAGGAAGAAAGAGAAAAGAAACAAAGGCAGGCUCCACCGGCAAAGACUAGAAAAGAGGACGUAUCAUACAAGGGAAGAAGACCGAAGAAAAAGAAGCAUCGAACAAAGAGGAAGUGGAAAAAGUGGCACCGAGCUGCCUCGUCUAAACGGGGAAGAUGGGAAAAAGAAGGUCAAUUUUUCAAUGUUAACAUUUGUUUUUAAUAUAAAAUAUUUCAAUGUUAGUACGGUAUAAUAAACUAUUUAUUAUCGAAAAUUUUAU